AUGUAUGACCAUGUACUGCGAAUCAAACUUCCGCGACAAGCUACCCUUAUCGGCUAUGCAGACGACAUCGCAAUUGUUGUAGCGGACAAACACCUGGAGGAUGUUAUCUGGGCAUGUGAGAAAUCGGUUAGGCUCAUUAAGGAUUGGUUGGUAUCACAUAGAUUAGAUUUAGCGGAACACAAAACUGAGGCUGUAUUGGUCAGAGGACGUAAACUGAAAGAAACUCUACGGUUUUGUAUGGGGCAGCAUGUGAAAGAGUCCAAGGGUUUCAUCAAAUACUUCGGCGUUAUGCUGGAUCAUCGAUUGACCUUUAAGAAACACUUGAGCUACGCGGGCGAGAAAGCAACGAAAGUUCUAGGUGUAUUAAGUGGGAUGGUGCCCAAUAUUGGAGGACCCAAACCACCGAGGAGCCUGUUGCUAGCCAGAGUGUCUUCGUCCAUUUUACUACAUGCAGCACCCGUUUGGACAAAAGUCCUUAAUGUUCAGGCGUAUAGGAGAAAAUUAUCUUCAGUAUAUCGCCUAAGUGCGUUAAGAGUCGCUACCGCAUUCCGAACAACGUCAAAAGAAGCAGCUUUCGUAGUCGCGGGAAUGGUGUCCAUUGGUAUUUUAGCUGAGGAGAUCCAAACACUAUAA